GAUCGAUUCCAUGGAUGUGUUUCAACAUUGAAUAGUUCUGGUAGCACACAUGGUACUCAACAUGUCAACAUUAAUUAUUUUACUGGGAUGCCAUUAAGUAAAAUAAGAGGAAACCCUCUAGGAGAUGUGAAAGACUAUACAACAAUCGAGAUCAAACAUAUGACAGCCGAAAUGCAAACACAGCACGGUAUCAACGAAGAUCAUCUAAUUCAAGAUUUGAUAAGAAGACAACUUAUUACAUUCUCUAUUGGUGUCGGCAGUGUUCUAGUAAUAAUAACUUUAGUUAUCACCUUAAUAUUUGGCUGCUGGAAACGUCGACUCAAACGAAAGCACUCAUUGAAUACGUCAGGAUCGGAAAUACAAUUAACACACCAAUCGCAUGUACAUGAAGAAAGUAAUCAAAUACCAGUCGAGGAACACGAUUAUAUUGACAUUGAAGAAGAAAACAUGCGAUUCGAAUCGUCAUCAAAUAGUACCUAUGAUAGUAAGAGAAGUUCUGGUAACCAGGUAACAAAUGGCGGUACUGACAGUGAGGGGUAUUUACAUCCCUAUCAUUCGUUAGUUACGAUAGACGUCACAAGACAAAACGAGAUUGGCAUUGACAAGUGUAUAGCAGAAAACCAACAAUAUUUUGAUUUGAAAAAACAUGAUUCUAAAAAUAGUAGUAACUCGCUGAUUGUUUUAGAAACGACUUUAAAUGAAGAAUUAUGUCUUGAACCAAAUGAUGUACCGAAUAAUGUCAAUGCAGCGACAGUUGAUAAUGAUGAUUAAAGUUAAAGUAUUUUGAUGCAGUUUAGAUUGUAUCGAUAUAUAGAAGCCUUAUGUGUUACAAAGUAGAAUUUUGAGUAAUAAGUCAUAUAUAUUAUUUCAUUAAUGCAGACACAUCGUGAUAACUAUUUGUGUAUUAUUGAAACCAAGCCAGUAACGAUAAAAAGUUGUUUCAAAGAUCCAUCACAAAAUCGUUAUUGAU